AUGUCUUCUAAUUCAGAAUAGGUUCCUUUGAGUUUUGAGCAAAUCCCCGAGAAGGAUAUCAUCAAGAUAUUGACUUACAAUACUUUUCUUAGACCACCCGUUGUAAAUAAUAAUGGAGACGACUACAAAAAUGAGAGAUGCCAAUUAAUCAUUAAAGAAUUGAUGAAGUAAUUUUCUACAUCCAAAUAAUUAGUUUUGAUAUAGUGUGUCUGUAAGAAGUGUUUGGGUUCUUAAAUUCGAGAAAAUCUAUUCUAAAACAUAAAGCAUUCAAGCUUGGCUUCACUUAUUAAGCAGUUAGUCCCAGUCCUAGUUUUUUCUCUAGUCAAAUGGUUGACGGGGGAUUAGUCACUCUGAGCAGGUUAAAUCAUUUAUACUCAUCAUCUCUAGAUAUCCAAUCCUCUAUCACGAAUUUAAAGAAUUUCCGUAUGGGAUCUUAUCUGAUAAUCUCUCUAAUAAGGGAGUAUUGUAUACAAAGAUUUUGGUUAAUGGAUAGAUGUUGCAUCUGUUCAAUACGCACUUGCAAGCCAGUUAUGUUGGAAAAGAAUCUAAUGUGGUAAUGAAUCAUAAUCUAUUGGAAGAGAGCAACGGUGUCCACUAGGAUUGAUUAAUUGUAUUGUUUUAAGAAAUUUGUGCAUUCAACACUUGAGUAGUAAUAGGCAUAGGAGAAUGAUUUGAUUCUAUUGGUGGGGGAUUACAAUAUCGAUAGCAGGUAUGAGUAAGGAUAUCCUAAUGAAGUGUUGAAAUAAUUUCCAAUUUUACAAUAACAAUUAGGCAAUCCCCAAAGGUAUCAAGAGUACGAUGCUCUAAUAACAAUUAUGACAAACAAUGUUAAGGAUAAGUUCAUCAAUUUGUUGCUUGAGCAAGAAGGUUAGUUUCUUAUUACUUAUGCCGAUUAUUUGGAGGAGGAGAAUGGUUAGAAGAAACCGUUGGAGAUUCAGUUAACAGAUAAAGCUGAUCUGUUGACUGGACAAUGUUUGGAUUACAUAUUCUAAUUGAUUCCUGAAAAUCAAAGUAAUCCAAAAUAAAUCAAAAUCAAAUAAGUGAAUGUUGAGAAAUUCUUUGUGGAAGGUCAGAAAUUUACUCAAUUGUCUGAUCAUUAUGGUGUUUCAUGUGAUAUAUUAGUUAAAUUGCAUUAGUGAG